UCUACCAUUCAUAACUCGCCACGUGAGCGAGUUGUGACAUAAAUUAUACCAAGUUGUGGCAUAAAUUAGCCACUUUAUGUGGUACAAUCAUAACUCAAAAAAUAAACCAUUAUUUGCUCUCAUAAUUAUCUGGUCUGGCCCUCCAUGAUUGCAUUGAUUUGAAGUCACUUGAAGAAAAAAGACAAAUAAGCAAACGUGGGAUAUAUGGUUGGCCUGCAUGCAUAAUGCAUUAAAUCUGAAAUUUUAUUUAUUUAUAUAGUAAAUUGGGGAGCUUUAAUUCAGUAGUAAUUUUAAUUUAUAAUGGCAUUCAUGCUGAAAAAUGAAAAUUACAAAAGUAUCUCUCUAGUCUAAUGGUCUACACCUGAUUAAUUAAUUAAUUAAUUAAAACCAAAUGGCCGACCGACUAAAAUCCCAUUGGCCUCAACGUAUCAGACCAUCUCCACCUCCACUUUCAAUUUUUUUUACAUAGAUAUUCAACUUCUUCUUAAACCAACAACUUCAAUAGUAAUUAAGCCAUGUUGAAGCCGGAAAGGAACCCAUUUCUUUUAGUUCUGAAAUUCUACCUAUCCUUACUUGUUCCUUCUUGUUUAUCUGCAGCAGCACCCACAGGCACAGACCACAUCACUUCUUGUUUGACUCAUCAUAACAUUAAAAACUUCACCACAAUCCCUGGCACUGGCCAUGGCGGCAUAGAAAAUGAUCAGUCAUCAACAGCUUACUAUGAGCUCCUCAACUUUUCCCUUCAAAAUCUGAGGUUCGUCGAGUCCACAAUUCCCAAGCCAAUAGCCAUUAUACUGCCAGAGACUGUGGACCAGCUACUGCACACUUUGAUUUGCUGUAGAGAAGGGUCGUUGGAAAUUAGAGUAAGGAGCGGUGGACACAGUUAUGAAGGGACUUCGUACGUUGCCACUGAUGGAGCUCCAUUUGUCAUUAUCGACAUGAUGAAUUUGAAUCGAGUUUUGGUGGAUUUGGAAACUGAAACAGCCUGGGUAGAGGGGGGAGCCACACUUGGUGAGACUUACUAUGCCAUUGCUGAGUCAAGCAAAGGUAGUCAUGGAUUCUCAGCUGGGUCAUGCCCCACCGUAGGGGUUGGUGGGCAUGUUGGAGGUGGUGGAUUUGGCUUUUUGUCCAGGAAAUAUGGACUUGCAGCUGAUAAUGUGGUGGAUGCACUUCUUAUUGAUGCUAAUGGAAGGUUGUUAUCCCGGGAAGAUAUGGGAGAGGAUGUGUUUUGGGCAAUUAGAGGAGGUGGUGGUGGAGUUUGGGGGAUUGUGUAUUCUUGGAAAAUCAAAUUGUUGAAAGUGCCACCAACUGUGACUGCUUUCAUAGUUUCUAGACCAGGCACCAAAAGCCAUGUAGCAGAGUUAGUACACAAGUGGCAAUACGUUGCACCCUACUUAGAAGAUAACUUCUAUUUGUCAUGCUUCGUCGGUGCUGAUCUGCCAGAAGCUGUAAGUCUAGGAAUAUCAGCUACGUUUAAUGGGUUUUAUCUGGGUCCUAGGAGCAAAGCCAUAUCCAUUCUAAACCAGGUGUUUCCUGAGUUGGGUAUUGCAAAAGAAGAUUGCAAGGAAAUGACUUGGAUUGAAUCAAUUGUAUUCUUCUCUGGCCUAAUCAAUGACAGCUCAGUCUCUGACAUGAAAAAUAGGUAUCUGGAAGACAAGGGAUAUUUUAAGGUCAAAUCUGACUAUGUGAGAACUCCAAUUUCUAUUAUGGGCUUAAGGGCUGCCCUGGACACACUUGACAAGGAGCCCAAGGGUCAUGUCAUCUUAGACCCUUAUGGUGGGAUUAUGCAAAAUAUAAGCAGUGAAUACAUCCCUUUUCCACAUAGAAAAGGUAAUCUUUUUUCCAUUCAGUAUAUAGUGACUUGGAAAGAAGAAGAUAAUUACAGAAGCAGCGAGUACAUAGAUUGGAUAAGAGGAAUUUAUGAUUCAAUGGCACCAUUUGUUUCAAAGGGUCCCAGGGCUGCCUAUGUUAAUUACAUGGACUUUGACCUUGGAGUGAUGAAAUUGGUUAAUACUAGUGUUCAAACAGAGGAUGCUGCAGAGAUUGCCAGGCUAUGGGGUGAAAAGUACUUCUUGAAAAAUUACGAUAGACUAGUUAGAGCCAAGACACUUAUUGAUCCAAAUAAUGUCUUCCGUAAUCAACAAGGUAUUCCUCCAAAUCCCCAACCAAUUUCAAAGCAAAUAUAUAAAGAGUGAGAUCCUGAGAUGUAAACUGGUAAGUUAAGAACAAAAAUCUGUAUUCUAGCGUGUAAGCAUGUUAGAAUCACAGACGCAAACUAGAUUUGCUGGUCUCUGUGUGUGUGUGUGAAAGUUGUUCCUAUUUCUAUGUUCAUCUCUGCAUAACUAAAAAGUUCUAUGACCACACAAAUGCUAAGCUGUAGAACACAAGGAUCACGAGUGCGGCCUAAUCAAUUCAAUUUCAAUCAUUACCUUUGUCUACUUUCACACAAUAAUGUACUUUCGAGUCAAUUUCAUUAAAAAUGGAUUAAAGGAUUCGUAUUCAGCUCAGUAAUAUGACAUUGUGCACGCAUAUGUAACAUGUCCUUAUCUCUAUUAUAUGAUAUUACCAAUCAAAUCUAAUCAUGUCACUUGUAAAAUACGCAUAUGUAACAUCCUAUUAUGCAAUCUUAUGAUGUCACAAAUAAAUCUUACAAGUCACUUUUACAACAACAUAUGCUUAAAUUCGAUUCUCAUAUAUACAGAUAAGUCAUAGAGAACCCAAAAUUACACCAUAUAGAAAAAGAAGAGAGAACUUGUCAGAAAUUUUUAUUGACCAAAGUAAGAGUGCCUAGCUAGGAGCCUAGGACUACAACUGUUAUAAAAAAUUUAUAACAAAUAAGUCUAAAGAUGGCUAGAAAACCUUAACUGCCAAAUACAGUGGUCAAACAAUCCAAGGGUAAUGGCUGUAUACAAUGGUUAAACAUAGUGGCCAAACAAGCCAAUUAUUGCACUGAAUGUUUAUUGGACUCGUCCCAUUCGUUUACAUCUUUAGACUAGCGUCUUGACAGACAUCCCCUCAAGAAAGCUGAAAGUAAGCUGAAAGGAUGACCAGCUGGCCGGUCUACUGCUAGGACUUAGGUCAAUUUCCUGUCAAACACCUCUCCCUCUCAUGCUCUAUAAAUAGCCCUUCACUCAACAUAACAAGGUCUUGCAAACUCUAUGCACUGUCACUCCUUCAUUUUUCACUUCUCCAUUGGUUUUUUAACUUAACUAUCAAAGCCUCCCUAGCCACUCCCUCUCUCUGGGUAGUCUUGGUUGGUCUGAGACCUUUAACAGGUGAUCAGUUUGAUCAGGAAGGUCCAACACAAUUCCGUUGAAGUUGAAGUGCUCAUUGAGGUCCCAUUGUGUCCACCAAAUUUCACCCACCCACACUAUUUGCACAAGCAAGUCUAACAUUGCUGAGACUAAUGAGCUAAGUUAUACAAUGUUCAG